GGAGAACACGCAACCUCCACACAGAAGGGACUCAUACUCAGGACCUUUUUGCUUGCUUUAAUCUCCCUCAGAGCCUGGUUCGGAAUGCCGUCUUCCAGCCUCCUCAGAGCCACUUUCUUCAGAGCCACCGUCUCCCCUGUCUGACACACAAGAGCAUUUCCAUGUCACAUUUCUAAGCCGCUGAGGUUAGAUUCCAAAUUUAAUGCUGAUCGGAUUACACAAAGAAAAGGGGGGAAAGAAAUGAGCUUCUUUAAAAGAGAAGACAGUGAAGAAAUGUCUGCUCCCGACAAUGCCACAGCUAGACCUAACGUGGACCAGAAGGUGCUGCAGUAUGAAACCUUCAUCAAUGAAGUCCUGAAGAGAGACUUACAGAAGGUGGUGGAGCAGAGGGAUCAGGUUUAUGAGAAGAUCUCUCAGUACCUGCAGCUGAAGAACACCAUACAGAGUCUGCAGGAGGCGGGCUCUCAGCAGCUGAAGACUGACGUUGAUCUUGGCUGUAACUUCUAUGUUCAGGCUGAAGUCGAGGACUCAUCCAGGAUGUUUGUGGCCGUCGGUUACGGUUUCUUUGUGGAGAUGACUCACGACGAGGCUCUGAGGUUCAUCGAGAAAAAGACGAGUCAGCUCACAGCCUUCACUGAGCAGCUCACAAAAGACUCUGCCAAAAUAAAAGCACACAUCCGCAUGGUGCUGGAGGGUUUGAGGGAGCUGCAGGGCCUGGGCGACCUGCCAGAGAGCAGAAGAGGAGACGUUUUUUAGACUUUCCCGACUGACCAGCUGCAGAGGACGGGUUAACGAAAGCCGGCUGCUGAUGUCAACGGUGUGCUUUGGGAAAACAGGUUCGAGGAGAAGGAAAGACUUCAGGACUAAAGCCUGAAAGUCGUCACAGAGCUGAAGAGGAGGAUUAGUGCCUGAGCCUUCUCAGAGUCAAAACUCACUGUCAUGAAACGCGUACACUCGACGUGACUUUGUGUCUUUGUGAAACUCAUCUGUUGAAAAUCAGAGAAUAUUCCUGUUUUUUGUUGUCUUCAGUGUCACAUUGAAAAGGGGGCUGCUCAGAGAUGAUCCUGCAGCCUCUAAACAGACACUUUCAGUCAAUGUGACAAAUUCAGGUUCAAACAAACCUGAUCUCAUAGGUUGAAAACAAUGUGACAGGAAGUGAGUGAUGUUUCACUGUUUGGAGU